GGAGGGUGGAGGACAUGUGGUCCUUCGUUCCAGGACAUGUGUAGACUCCAGGCCAGGGUGUGUGAGAAGCUUAGUAGGGCCAGGCGUGGAGGAGUGGAAGGAAGACAGGUACUGGGGCAGGACCAGUUGGGCUCGGUGCAGGCAAAGGGAUAGCAUCUGGGGUGUAGGCACCUGAGCUUGCGCCACUCAGGCAUGCAUUGCUCACCAGUCUCUCCUGCCUCCCUUCCUCCAGCAGACGCAAACAUGCAGAUCUUUGUGAAGACCCUCACGGGCAAAACCAUCACCCUCGAGGUUGAGCCCAGUGACACCAUUGAGAAUGUCAAAGCCAAAAUUCAAGACAAGGAGGGUAUCCCACCUGACCAGCAGCGUCUGAUAUUUGCCGGCAAACAGCUGGAAGAUGGCCGCACUCUCUCAGACUACAACAUCCAGAAAGAGUCCACCCUGCACCUGGUGUUGCGCCUGCGAGGUGGCAUUAUUGAGCCUUCCCUCCGCCAGCUUGCCCAGAAAUACAACUGCGACAAGAUGAUCUGCCGCAAGUAUGUGUGCUCCGAUGCUUGGGAGGCUGUGGGGGCUGCCAGAGUCGGGGUAUGCCCUCAUCCGCCCCUCCUGUCUCUCUGCAGGUGCUAUGCUCGCCUUCACCCUCGUGCUGUCAACUGCCGCAAGAAGAAGUGUGGCCACACCAACAACCUGCGCCCCAAGAAGAAGGUCAAAUAAGGCUCUUCUUUCCUUGAAGGGCAACCUCCUGCCCAGGCCCCGUGGCCCUGGAGCCUCAAUAAAGUGUCCCUUUCGUUGACUGGAGCAGCAA